ACCCCCUUCAUCAACAACAACAAUAUUAUUUAUUUUUCUUCAUUAUUAUUGUUACUUUUAUUAUUGAUCUCUCUUUAAUUCUUCACAAAUUGAAGCAUGGAAGAUUGGAACAUGCUUGGUGCGGAUUGUGUUGUGAUAUCAUGUUGCUGCCAAUGUUUAAUGUUGCAAAUUCUUGUUUAUGUUUUGCUCAAGCUUCCAUCAAAAUUGGUGAGAAAAACAAGAAGAUAUGUUAAGAAGAAAUUUUGUGGUAACAAGAGGAGUAGGAGUAAUCUUAGUUUAGAUCAUAGAGAAAAAAUAUUAAUGGGGUCUUCUUUUUCUUCUUAUGAUAAUGUUCUUGUGAAAAUUCAUGAACAGUCUAUUAGGUUUCGAGAAGAGAUCGUCACGAUAGCACUAAGAGAUGGUACUUCAGGACAAAAUGGUAAUGAUAGCGGGUCCUGUAUGGAUGAAGUUGAAAAAGUGAUGGAAAAAUUUUAUGAAAAUGGAGAGUUAGCAUUUGGAAGUUUUUGGGGUCAAAAAGAGCCAUGGAGUGUUCCUAAAAUUGUCUCUAGUGAUUUAUUACAUAAUCAUCUCCAUAAUUGUGAUUAUGAUCAUAGUUUUGUACGAUAUGAAAUAAUUAAUAGAUAA